AUGUUAUAUUCUUCUGAACGAUUGAGUCUCUGUCUCGAACGACAACGACAACUACAACAAGCACCUCAACAACUAGUACGACAAGUACUUCAACAACCAGCACGACCAGUACAACAACAACAACGACCACAACUACAACGACCACAACAACAACAACUACUACCACAACGACGACAACAACGACGACGACGACUACUACAACAACAACAACAACUACGACCACGACCACGACAACAACAACGACGGCAACGACAACGACAACGACAACGGCAACUACCGCAACAACAACUACGAUAA